GUCGACGUCCACUUUCUCAAUGUAUGGUCGCAGCACCAAAAAUCAUACUAGGCAAGUAUUUAUGUUUGAACGUGGCACUACCACCAAAUAUAUAUCGGGAUCUACUCUGAAAUAUCCUGAUUCCUUGGCAAACAAGGUAUCAAGGUAUUCCAAUGUUGCGAGAAACUUUCGAAUGUGCCCUCUACCCCUUUGGAACCGGCAAGCAUGAAUGUUCAAUGCGCCAGCAGGGCUAACCACAAACUUUGAACGUCACAACCAUGGCAGGAUUGUGUCACUUUGCCACGUCGCAAAUUUUACCACGCGCUUCGUUAUCACUCGAGGUACUUCUUUGUGAGAGGUUUUGGGCCCAGGCCUUUGAUAUCACUGCGGCCGAACCUUUUCAUCCCCUCUCCAUCAUGGUGUUAAGCUUCCAAAGUGUCACCCAACUCCUCUCAGGCGGUACCAUGCCCGUUAUCGGGCUCGGGGUUUAUUUGAACGAUGAAUGCGCAGUAGCUUGCCAAGUUGCCUUGGAGGAGGGGUAUAGGAUGAUCGACUCGGCGAGGUAUUACAGGAAUGAAGCUCAAGUAGGGGUAGGCGUCCGACGAAGUGGAAUCCCCCGCGAGCAAAUAUUCAUCACCUCCAAAAUCUACCAUGUUGACUUCGGUUUUGCGAGGGCCCGCGAAUGUAUCCAGGAGUCAGUAGACCAGCUGGGCCUGGGCUAUUACGACUUGUACUUGAUCCAUUCUCCGGUAACUGGGAAGGAGAAGCGGAUCGCGACCUACAGAGCCCUCGUUGAAGCGAAGAAGGAUGGCCUCGUAAAGAAGAUCGGUGUUUCAAAUUACUCCGGAAAGCACAUCGACGAAAUUAUUGAUGCUGGACUGGAGUUGCCUGAUGUCAAUCAAAUUGAACUCCACCCGUUCUGCCAACAAAGACCUAUCGUUGAGUAUUGUCGGGCAAAAGGCAUCACAGUGCAAGCAUAUUCUCCGCUUGUCACGGGCCGAAUGGAUCAUGAUGUAUUUAGACAGCUUGCAAAGAAGCACGAUAAGGACGAGGCACAAAUCCUCAUUCGGUGGUCGCUGCAAAAGGGAUAUAUCCCCCUUCCGAAAUCUUCCCGUUCAGAGCGCAUCAGAUCUAACGCUCAAGUCUUUAAUUUCGAGCUGGAUAACGAUGACAUGGAUGCACUUGAUGCACUCGAUCAAGGUGGGAAAGGUGCGGUAACAUGGAAUCCGGUUGAGGAGCCAUGAUAUGAAAUGGACUACGAGAGUGUUGCUGUCGAGUUAAUACCAGGUCGAACAAAUUUUUAUUUUCAAUCUAAC